AGUGUAAACCCCUGCAAUUAUGCUAGAAGACUGAGUCAAAACAUAAUUAUAGUGUAUCAUUCUGUUAAAAAUCAAGACUAGGUAUAAAAGUGUUUUAAUUCACAUUGUGGAUUGGAUAUUUUUUAUUCCAACAAUGGAAAUGAGAACCAUAUUCAGUGCCCUGUACGCUAUAGUAACCUUUAUUAUUAGCACUGGUUACGCCUCCCAGCUUUUGUUUCACACCAACGAGCCUGUGAUCCAUCCUAUACUUACCAAGACAUUACGACUGCGAUGUUCUGUACGUAAUGAUGCCAACUCGAUUGACGUUCUCAGGCCCCUCCCCGCCGCUCCGACAGAAUCGCCCAAUGAUCGCGAAGUGAGACAGCUUCAUUCCAACAAUAUGCCUUCUGUAAACAGUGAGCUUAUGGCUUCUGAAAAUGUUUCUAACACAACGAAUGUAUCCUCUGGAAACACUACACACUCGACAUUUGACCUAUCGCCACAAGCCGACAUUGUGCAUGUCAUGUCCAUCAUUGUCAGCAAAGAACUAUCCGGUAAAUAUCUGCCUUUGGCAAAAGUGACCCCUUAUGAUCCGGCUUUUGCCUCCACGUGGAUAGAUAAUGACGUUAAAGUCCAGGGCAACUGCGAAACUUCCCCAGUACCUGGGGAGCAAUCCUUUCUGGAGCUCACUUGGACAUCGCCGAAGGAAGAGCAGGCCGGACAUUUCAAGUGUGACAUAUACGCUCUCAACACGGACAGCUUAGCCGUGUCCCUUUCGACGUCGCUCGACAUUACGUCAUCAGCGCCGACUUUCAGCGAUCUCAUCUCCUACGUCACAGACCACGAUAAAAUCAUAUCGGAAAAAGAAGCCGAAAUUUCCCGCCUAAAUAACGAGACUCAAAGUUUGAAGAGCGCGCUGGAUGAGCUAAAAAUAAACACUACCAACGAAAUCAGAGAUUUAAAAGAUAAUCUAGCGGACAUGUUGUCACCGAACAUAGAAAGCGGCACCAUAAGGUGUCCAUUGAAAGAAUUUAUUAGCUUCCAGAAAACAUACAGAGUGGAUCCACUCGUUUUUUCCAGUUUUGUCAAUGCAACUAGCAAUGGUAAUAGCUACAAUAGAAUAGGUUUUUACAUUGACAUUUCCAAUGUUACUACCACCGGAUUUUCUGUUGAUUGCGGGUAUUCUUAUAACGAGUGUGUGCCUACUUUUAAAUGGAUCGCAACGGGUUAUUAUAAGUAGUACAGAGGUUCUAGACUUCUAGAUCUAAUUACAUUUUAAUGCAAAAUUUAUUUGAUAUGCAUA